AUGGUCAAGAUCAUUGUGGCUGUCUUGUCCCCCGGUGUCGCGUCAGCUUUCGGCACCAUCACCGAGUUUCCGACAGAGAUGACCAGUCUCAUGGAUCAAACCGUGGAUCCGUGCACCGACUUCUUUUCGUAUUCGUGCGGGACGUGGUACAUGAAGACCCCCUCCAACCCCACCAAAGCUGCGUCGGACAAGGUGAUCGAAAAGUUGUUUAACGCCAAGCUGCCCAAACUCACCGAGUUCUAUGACGCGUGUAUGGAAACUGCCACUUUAGACACCUUGGGCUUGGCUCCCAUCGAUGCCCACCUGAAGGCGAUCCGCAGCGCCAACACGACCGCCAUCGGCGUGCAGCUGUUCGUGAAACUUUCGGUCUCGCCCGACGACGCCGACGUCACCCGCAACAUCUUGUAUGCCGAUAACACGGGACUGCCGUUCGGCCAAGAAUAUUUCCACAAACCAUUGUGGGCCACGGUUGAAAAGUCGUACCGCCAAUACCUUGCCACGAUCUUCACGCUGGCCGGCCACGCCGAGGUGGAGACGGCCAUUGACGUCGUGAUUAAGUUUGAACGCAUGAAUGCCGGGGUAGAGCCGUCCAAGCGUAGGCUCCAAGAGGCCGUGACACCCAGGCGGUUGUCGCUUAGCGACGCCAACGCAUCGUACCCAUUGGGACUAGGUCUCCCAUUGCAAGGGUUUGGGUUCGACGUCCACAAAGGGUGCAACACGACCACGGUCCUAGUGAACGGCCCCUAUUACUUCGACUUCUUAGAAAAAAUGCUCCGCCGCAUGCACGUCGACGACCUCAAGACGAUCAUCGAGUACAAAGUGCUCGACUUCAACGCGCCCGUCUUGUCAACACCGUUUGCAAAAGCACGUUCGGACUUCUAUGACAUGGUGAUGUAUGGGCGAAACCCCCACCACCACCAUGGGCCACGAUCUGCCGCGAAGAGACCCACGACUAACUACUACUACUAA